CAGUCCGAAUCCAUGUUUCUUAUCGGUGUAGGAAAUUUGUUAACAACAACCGGUUGCGGUUCUUUUAGAAACUUCAGUCAUUUAUUAAAGGAAUACUCUGGUUUUUACGCGUUUAUUAAUGUAUAUUAAUGUGUUAUUACUUGUUUUAGCACAAUAAGUCUUAGAUAUGUGUAAUAACAUUUAAAAACAAGGAAAAGCUCCGCUCUACAUUCAUCAAAGGUUCGGCGAUGAAUCCCAGAGCGGACCCAGCUGACGACUUCCUCCUCCAGGAGCCCUGGCUUCCUGCCUGCAUCGACGGCUGCCAGCUGCUGGCCAAGAGCUGGUUCAGCGAUGCAGAGUACUGCGUCCUGCUGACCGACAUGCAGGGCGUGUGGGAGGAGCGGAUGGAUACAGCGGCCAUCGAGCGCCGGGCGCAGGAGCUGAACCGGCGUCUGCGCGCCGCCGUCCAGGCCUUCUUCUCCCAUCUGCGUGAGGCGGCUGAGCCCUGGCUGUCGGGGGGAGGCGGCGGCGAGGCCCAGAUGUGUGUGUGGCGGCGUGACGGGGUCGUGACCUUGAAGCUGAAGAGCGAGCUGGCUGGCCUGCCGUUCCACUGGGAGUUCCGCUGCAGCCCCGCUCCCGUCGCUCUGGUGUGCGCUCAGCUGGUGCGCCCCCUGCUGGCCAUGAGCCGCCUGCUGCACAGGCAGCUGGAGGAGCAGGGAGAGCUGCUGGCCAGGAAGGACCAGGAGAUCCAGGACUACCGGGAGAACGGAGCCACGCUCAGCAGAGAGCGCCUGCAGACGGACGUUUUCAACAAACAGCUCUACACAGAGGACUUCAUUCAGAAGAACCUUCCUCUGCUGCGGUCGGAUCCGUCCGACGCUCCGGGAUUCAACGCCGACCUGCAGCGGCUCUACGCCGCCGUCGCCGCACCGCACAAACGCAGACGACCGCAGGAGACCCACGGCGACCCAGACCGGACAGAACCACCAGAACCACCAGCACAGACUACAGUGAUUGGACCCGGCGGAGGCGACCCAGAGAACCAGAACCCCAGCGGCCAGGUUGGACCCGACGGUGCGGCGCAGGCUGCGGCCGUCGGAGCGACUCGCCCUGCGGAGCGACAGUCCUCCAGACCAAAGAAGAAGAAAGUGGGCCUGUUCCGAUGACAGACAGGAAGUGACUCGGUUGCAGCGUCUGAUUGGCUCAGAGUUUUAAGCUUUUAAAGUUUUAUCUUUGUGUCAAUAAAGUUUACAUCAUCA